CCUAGGGCGACCUUGGAAGGUUGCAAUCUGCCUUCUAGUGUAAUCCGUAUUUGUUCCACAGCCCAACUUUGCACCAAAGCGUGACCAACAGCUCCGCGCUCAGGCCCUUUUCGGGAAAUGAAUUCACGGCCUUGGAUGGAACUUGCCAGUUUCCACCUUUUCCACUACUGGCUCGCAGCGAUCAUCCUUCCAGGUUCUUUUCUUCCAUGUCAUUUCGGCCCCUUCAUUAGUUCCGGGGAACGGCUGAGCGGCCCCGGACGAAUUGAAUCUUGGAACCCACGCGCAACUCCUUGUCCGCCAUCAAAAACACCUAGCAGGUAUAGAUGUACCUUCACUAUACAACUUUACGUAUCGCAGUACAUACGACUAAGGAGGUACAUCUAGAUCCCUCGCCGAGUUUUAGCCGACUGGAUGCAGGCAGGGUCAGAUGUGUCUCCC